GCCGUGUUGUUAGUAGAUUUUUCCUUAAUAUACACAACUACUCUAUCAAUUAGUUCCUUCCCAGGCACACCCCAUUUCCUUUCAACCAUGUCGGAUAUUGACGUAUGUUACAGUAUAUCAUAAAAAGUAGACUACACGAACCUAGUCUUAUAUAUUUAAGUUCAUUCUUAAGAAAUUUAUUGAUCAACAAAAAUAGACUAAGAGCUGGAUUGUGCUUAGCAUAUACAUACAUGUUCUUUACACUAAGACUAGUUUGUAUUGUUUGAGUGAUUCUGAUUGCAUUUGGCAUAUAUUCUUAUGUUUUCUUGAUGUAAAAGCUGGUGACAUAAAGGACUGGUCUUGUUAAUUUCUUGGUUUCAGGAAUGGAGGCUGCAGAGAUUGUACUGAGACCUCUCUUGUUUAGUUUUCUCUUUUUGUUGUAUUCUGUUUUGGUAAAAAGCUAGUCUUUUGCUGCUUCUUUUUUGUAUAUUAAAGCUACAUAACUCCAUUCUUGUUUAUUGAUCCACUGGCUCAGACUUUGUUUCUAGUCUCCAAACUCAAAUUUUCAGAGAAAUUAUGAAACAAUGAUGUUAUAGAGCUAGUGAUUUUUAGAAGAACCUAUAAUUUAAUGGCUGACCAACACUCAUUACCAUCUCCAACAAAUCAAACAACACCCAUUCCAUUGCUUUUUGGUUCUCCAAGAUUUUUCAGUGGAUCAUUCAGAAAGGGUACUAGUAGUAUCUUUGAUUCUGAAACCAUGAUGAGUCCAACUUCAAUUCUUGACAGCAAAAAGGUCUCAACUUUGAUUAGCCCAUUUGGCUAUGAUCAGAACUUGUCAAAACCCCAGAACUCAUCAUCCCAAGAAAACAAACACUCACCUGAGAAAGGCCUUGGCCUUGCUCUUGUUGACUCACUAAAUGAUGACAAAAAUCCAGAGAACUUCAAUUUCAUCAAACCAAAGCUAAAGAUUCAAAUCCCCACUCUUCCAUUGUCUGUAUGUUCACCAACUCUAUCACCAAAGUCUCCUGCUGACUUUGGGAUCAAGACCCCGAAUCGGAAUUCGCCAUUCUUGGGUUCAAAGUCUUCUUUUAAGGGACUUAACUCUAUUGUUCAAGCAAGUGAUUCUUUGAAUUCUCCUACAGCAGCACUGACUCUGAGUGAAAUGGAGCUUUCUGAGGAUUAUACAUGUGUGAUUUCCCAUGGGCCUAAUCCAAGAACUGUUCGUAUAUAUGAUAAUUGUGUUGUUGAAAGCUGCAAUGGUGUUGCUGGGAUGACUGACUUGAAGAAAGAGUCUAGCUUGGAAUCACCAUCUCAGAGUUUUUUAAAUUUAUGCCCCAGCUGCAAGAAGGAUCUUGGUGAUGGCAAAGACAGGGAUGAGGAUGCUUUGUCCAGUAACAAAUGUUUAUGCCAUGAGAUGAUCUUAUCAGAAGUGAAGAACAAAGAAAUGAACAGUGGUAUGUAGGACUUGAUUCAAGCUACAGAACUCCGCAAAAGUGCUGAAAUUUUCAGCAGCUCAUACUGUUGAGGGUGAUAAGAUCUCACUUAAUAAAGGUCCAAGGAGGAAUAUAUAUCUAAUCUGUUUUAAUGUUCAUUCACAUUUUGGCUUCUCUCCUGCAUAUUUAGACAUAAAAGAGAGAGGAUGUAAAUUAGAAGAAAUCUCAAACUUUGUUUCUAAUGAAAUUUGAGUGGUCUAUUCGGCUAUUCUCUUUUGUUUUUAA